CUCUUAAAUUUUCGAUUUCGGCGUGGUUUUGAUUUUAGUGGCGUGAUCGGGUGGGAUUGCGAGUGUUUUUGGGGGAAAUCGUUAAUGGGUUUUCGUGGGUUUUUGAUUUUGUGAGAUGGGUUGGAUGAAGAUUUGGGUUUGGAUGUUUGUCAGGGCGACAAACGUUUGGUUUUGAGGGAUGCCGGGAAGGACAUAGGGCGGUGCCAGGAGACAUGGAAGAUACUGAGCUUGAAGAAGGAGAAGCUUGGUCUUACCAAAACCAUGAAGUUUUUGAUUCAAAUAUCGACCCGGAUAUUGCUCUCUCCUACAUCGAUGUGAAAAUUCAACAUGUUCUGGGACACUUUCAGAAAGAUUUUGAAGGCGGAGUCUCUGCAGAAAAUUUGGGGGCAAAAUUUGGUGGAUAUGGUUCGUUUUUACCGUCCUAUCAACGGUCUCCGGUUCAACUUCAUUCAAGGACUCCACCGAAAGGUCAUAAUUGUAGUACAUCCAGAUCUCCCAAUAAUUUUCUGCAGGAGGUUGGCCAUAAUAACUCUGUAGUUUCUUCAACUACACCUCAGUCGAUAAGACCUGGCCCGCCUUCUACUAGUUCUACGUCACUGCCCAUUACCAGAGGUUCGAAUCUGAAUGAAUUGUCCAAACAAGAAGUAUGCACAUCUUUCCAGCAUGUCGAAGAACUUGCUUCUGGAUACGGGUGUGUGAACAAUAAAUCCACUACUUCUUCGGACCAAAAAUCAUUGAAGGUGCGAAUUAAAGUGGGUUCUGAUAACCUGUCAACGAGAAAAAACGAUGCGAUCUAUAGUGGUCUUGGCCUAGAUGUUUCACCAUCUUCAUCGUUAGAUGACAGCCCCUCGGAAAGUGAAGGCGUUUCUCGAGAGCUUCAGGAUGGUCCAUUUGAAUCUCCAACUAGCAUUCUUCAGAUGAUGACAUCAUUUCCGGUUCAUGGAGGUCUCUUGCUAUCCCCUCUUCCUGAUGAUCUUAUUCACCUGACUCAGACGGGGAAGCCUGCAAGAGAGAAAAAAUCUACUCGUGUCCAACAUCACAAUCGGGAUCGGCCAUUAGUUGGGGAGCCUUCUUUGAAAGGUGGUCAAAUGUUAGUUGAGAAGAGAGUGUCGAAAGAUCCGAAUGACUUCUUGUCCGAAUCAAAGAACACGAAUAAGAAGGACUUCCUGAAUGGCUCGAUUACGUCGAAAAAGACUUCAGAAAUUGAUACAGUAGCUUGUGAGGCGCUUGUUUCUAAUGCAUUAAAGCUUCCACUUUUAGCAAAUUCGUGUGCCAUUGCAGGCGAAACAACGAAAAGUCAGAAUGGGCCAUCGGAUGUAUUAACGGAGGCAGAUAAAAUUGUGGCUAGGGACAGACAUUUUUUCAAUCAACUGGAAGACGGUCCAGCCGUAGAGCUUCCACUUGCUAUAGAGGACGAGAAGCAAAGUUACGGGUCAUCUGGAAAGGUCAAGGAGCCAAAAAAAGCCAGUAAGUUCGAUGAUACUUCGGUUUCUGCAAAAAAAUCUGGAGAAAGCAAGAGGGACAAAACUAUUGACUCGAUCGAGGCUGCCUCAAGGGGAAAGAAUGCUUCAAACGAGCUGAAUACUAAUCAUAAAGCGCUACAUGCACAUAACAACAUGAAAUAUACUUCAGGGAAGGAUCAUUCAUUACCCGAGGGCAAAAAGAAGUCAAAGUUUAGUCAAACGGAUUCUAUCCCCAACGGAGAGGUCUCAAAACGUAGUUCGAAAUCUGGCUCAUCAGGUUCCAAAACGAAGAGUAUUAGUAAAGCGGACAACGUUUCAACCAGAACUGAAAUUGAAGAUCAGAAAACACAGAACUUCAGGAAAACGAACGAUAGAUACCGAGAUUUCUUCGGGGAAUUGGACGAAGAUGAUAAUCUAAUAGAUGCAUCCGAGACGCCUUUCGAGGAUCGACUAAAUCAUUCUGACGUAUUUGAAAAAUCAACGCCUGUUAUUCCUGUAUCGAGGGAGCGAUUAUCUGUUGUGAAAAUUGGCAAGUCAUUGGCUUCAAAAGCAUUUCCUGAAGCUGUCAUGAACACUGCAAGUGGGACAGUAUCUGAUACAGCUCCUGCUGCAGUGGAUAAUGUAAAUGGACAAGACAACUGGGUUUGUUGCGACAAGUGUCAACAAUGGCGGCUUCUUCCACUGGGCACAAACCCUGCCAGCCUACCUGAGAAGUGGCUUUGCAGCAUGCUUGAUUGGCUGCCUGGAAUGAACCAAUGUGUGUUUAGUGAGGAGGAAACGACAAAAGCUCUAAUAGCAAGGUUCCAAGCACCUGUUGCUCCUGAGGGUAACAUUUACAGUAAUCUGAGCGGAGUUGCGCCAGGAGUGGCUAAUGCUCGGCAAUCGGAGCAAAAUCACCAUCAUUAUGAUUUCAAUGCUUGGCCUGGUGGUGGGAAGAAGAAACACGGAGCAAACGAAAGACCGAGUGCAACACUUAAAGGGGAUGCCCCUCAGCUAUCAAACUCGAAGAAGCAUGAUGGAGCAAUGAAAAGCAGGAGUUUAGAUGAUGUGAACCAGUUGCCUGUUGGAGAUGAAGCUAAUUUUCGUCAUUUAAACAAGUCGAGUGAUGUUCCUGUCGAGAAGCACAAGCAUAAGUAUAAAGAAAAGCAGGAAUUUCACGAUAUCUUAUCGGAUGAAGGUGCUACGAAAGUUUUGAAGACUAAAAACCGAAAAGAGAAAGAACUCGAUUACUCUAGACCUUUAAAGAAAGUCAGAACUGAUAGUCUGGAUAUGAUUGAUGAAGACCAGAUAUCAGUGCACAGUGGGUCUGCUGUGAAAGUUGACCCGACCUCGAGCAUUGGCUUUCCUUCUGCAUCAGGUGGAACUAAUAAGUCUAAAAGUAUGGACCAUUCUUCUAAGGACUCGAAAUAUAACAUGAAUGUCAUCCACCGAGCGCCCAACGAUAAAAGAGACGACAAACUACUGGGUGCCUUGGGUGAUGAUUACCUGGGAGGAGGAAGUGGUAGUACCAAAAGCAAUUCAAAGAAGAGAAAAGCGAAAGCGUCCUCGGAUGUUCAAACUAAUCCCGGGUCCCUUAACGGUUCUGAGCAUCUCCCACAAAAGAGAGGUCCUGUUACGAGUGAUAAUGACCAUAGGAAGGAGAAAAAGGCGAAGCUAUAUAAGCCUCCAGGUAAAGAAUCCAGUGGUAGAAAAGAGAAAAAAGGUUCCCAUUCUAAGAAUUGGCUGCCACUUGGACAAGACGUAGGGAGCUCUCUUUCUCAUCGGAGUUUGGACGGUGCCGAUUCUUUGAAAAGGGAUUUAGGAGUGAUACAACCUUCUCUUGUAGCUACUUCAAGUUCUUCUAAGAUAUCUGGUUCACAUAAAACAAAAUCCAGCUUCCAUGAGAUGAAAGGAUCGCCUGUUGAAUCUGUUUCUUCAUCGCCUAUGAGAAUACCCAACCGAGACAAGAUUUUACGGUCAUCUAGGGAAGGCAAGGAUUUUCUGGAUGCUGGUCGUACGAGAUUCUCAGAUGAGGAAGAAGAGGAUGGCGGUAGCGACCGCUCUGGGACUGGUAGCAAGAAGAAGUCUGUUGUGGCUCAUUGUAGGCCGUUAAAGUCCCCCUCGAUCGAUACUUUGAACAAAGACGCUAGUAAUAUGUCAGGGAAAAAAGCUAAAACUAAGAAGUCUUCUUCUGAUGUCCUAAAUUGUGACCUUCCAAAUGGUAGUCUUGGCGGAAUUGAUCCUCAGCAUCCUUGUAAAUCAUGGGCUGAACAAGUUCAGAAUGAAGAUAGACCAAACGGAACGAGAUACAGGGGCAAUGAAACGUAUCCAGUCAAAAGCGGAAAGGAUUUACCGUCACAGUCGAAGGACAUGAAUGGGAGCUAUUGUUCAGAUGUUGGCAUGCACAAGGACAAGGUUCCUUAUUCCCACGACGACUUGCGAGGAAGGUCUCAUCCACAUUCUGAUUCGAAGGUUAAGAAUGGUAAACACAAGUUACACGACAACUCUAGGAUCAAAUCCGGAGAUGCAAGGAAGGAAAGUUCAGGAAAACUGUCCAUCGAGCGGGGUAAACGAGACGGUGAAUUAAAUUUUGUCAAGCAUGAAGGUCCAGAUUCUACGGUAGAUAGCACUUCCAAAGAAAACAUGAUUUUGUCUGCAAUGAAGAAUCAGAAACACGACCGCAAUGGCACUGCUUCAAAGAAGUCCCUUUUUCAGAAAAAGGAUCAACUCGAAAAAGUCUCGGGAAAAAGUACACCGGUACAAUUACCAACGUCAGGAGAACUGCGAAACGAGAUACCGCAUUGCCCCACUUCAGCAGGGGGUGGAAAAGGAAGUGCGACCGAUAUUUUGCAAAUAGACGCUUCAGAAAGUAAGGAUGUAUUAAAGGGGAAAAAGCAUGCUAAGAAUCGUCAAAAGGAAGCUCAGACCAAUGGCUCACGACAUUCCACCCCCAACGAGAGGAUGCCCAUCGAUGCGCCAAGUCCGGCUAGAAGGGAUUCCUCCAACCAGGCUGCUACCAAAGCUAUGAAAGAAGCCAAAGAUUUAAAACAUCUUGCCGAUCGUUUUAAGAAUACGGGGUCCAAUCACGAAUCCUUAGGGUUUUAUUUCCAAGCUGCCCUUAAGUUUCUUUAUGGAGCUUCUUUGCUCGAGUUGUCCAACAAUGAGACUGCCAAACAGUCUAUGCAAAUAUACAGUAGCACUGCAAAACUAUGCGAGUUUUGUGCACACGAGUACGAGAAAAUCAAGGACAUGGCUGCUGCUGCUUUGGCAUACAAAUGCAUGGAAGUAGCUUUCAUGAGGGUGAUUUAUUCUUCACAUAACACUGCCAUCAGAGACCAGAAUGAGUUACAGAAAGCCCUGAAAAUGCUUCCCUCUGGAGAAUCUCCAUCACCGGCGUCUGAUGUCGAUAACUUAAAUAACCCUGGCACGGCAGACAAAGUUGCUCUUUCUAAAGGUGUCAGCUCGAGCCAAGCUAAUGGGUCCCAUGUCAUCCCUGCUAACAACCGUCCUGAUUUUGUACGGUUGCUCGGUUACGCACAGAACGUAAAUUUGGCCAUGGAAGCAUCGAGAAAAUCACGGAUUGCUUUUACAGCUGCAAAUGCGAGUUCGGUAGGGACAACGAAUAAGGACGGUAUCUCUUGCAUCAAGACGGCUCUUGAUUUUAACUUUCAAGAUGUAGAAGGCCUGUUGGCUCUAGUACGGAUUGCAAUGGAGGCAAUUAACCGUUGAAAAAACUGAUUAUAGAAACGAUUUUUGACUCGGGACUCGUCUGGUUGGUAUGUUGCUUUGAGAAGCAUCGAUGCGAAAAGCAGAAGAGACCGACCACGUUACACGAAAAUCCUGUUGAUAGCAUGGUUACAGCCUUUUAAUGGAUCUCUCUGUACAUUGUCCUGGUGCUUGAUGAAUAUAACAUUGUUGGCUGGCUAAGGCUGCUUUGCCAUUCGUUUUAGACUAGGAAAGCACGAUCGGCCACGAGGCUUCUGUAUAUGGACGUUCUGAGACAUGUACCUGGAAUAUUUACGAUCCAAGGUCACGAUCCUGUCAUUGUGGGACGUUCGAAGUCCUAACGGUGGAGUUUGUAGGGACUUCAGCAUCCACAAGGAGUUACGUUUGUCUGUCCUAUUGAUUCGGUGACACCUCAACGUUCGUUUCUUGAUUGGCCAUGUCAUUCUCGUACUUGGGUCGUGCUAAAAUGCUGUUGAAGGGGGUUAAGACAGGUUUUGUAUUUUACGUUUUCCUGUUAUUUAUGGAACGGAAUAAAUAAAUAAUACGACAAAUUGUAAUAAUAUCGUCGAGUACAUGCUCGUAUCGUAGCUCGUAGCUCCCAGCACGACCGUCGUUUGAGUUAAUUUACAGCAGUUUAAGGUACACAGUUCUUUUCUAGAGAAGGAUGAAAAAAGUGAAGGGGAAGAGGGGAGCUUAUCAUCCAAUACAAUCAGCUGGAACUUGCAAUAAUCAUGGCUGCUGCAGAUUCUGAUGUUGGUGGAGAUGGCUGAGAACCCAAUUUUGUUCAUAGGUCUUUGAUUCAUAUUAUGACGAUGGUCAAUAAGAUUUUUAUGUUCAUCAAUUAUUGUAAGUUAUAUAUUUUUUUUAUGAGGCCAUUUCAUUUUUUA